GGAGGGAGGAGAUGGAGAGGAUGAGAGGGGGGCAUUAUGAUGAGGAAACUGGACAGCCAUAUCCAUAUCCUCCAGAGUACUUCUACCUGAAGGGACAACCAGGUGAAAAUGGAAAAGCUGGAAUAAAGGGUGAAAUUGGUGAAAAGGGACAAAAGGGAGAGCCAGGCAGCGGCCACAGAGGGCCAGAGGGCCAGGCUGGUCCUCCAGGGCAGAAGGGUGAGCCAGGUGCGCCAGGACCUCCAGGUGCUCAGGGCAUCCAGGGCAUCCGGGGAAACGCAGGGAUCCAGGGCUCCCCGGGGUUUAGAGGUCCUCCGGGAGACCCAGGAGAACCAGGCAGAGAGGGGGAACGAGGCAAAAGAGGGAAGAGUGGAUCACAGGGAGCUCCUGGACCUCGAGGAGCACCAGGACCUCACGGUCUUCCUGGUGUGCUUGGAGAAAAAGGAGAAAAGGGUGACAGUAUUCCAGGUGAACCAGGUGCCAGGGGCGUGGCUGGCCUCCUGGGGAGAAGGGGUGAAAGAGGCCCACCAGGUGUUAAAGGAACUCCUGGAAACAUAGGUCCAAAAGGCUUGCGUGGCAGCAAAGGUGAAAAGGGAGACCGCGGGUUACCUGGAAUCAGAGGAGAAAGGGGGAGUGUGCUUCAAAUCCAAGGACCUCGUGGAUUUAAAGGUUCCAAAGGGGAUGCGGGUGGGCGAGGUCCACCAGGUUUUGAUGGGGAUAAAGGAGAGAAGGGUGAAGAUGGUCCACCUGGAGUCAAGGGCCUAAAGGGUGAUGCAGGAACUAAGGGUGCAUUAGGACGGUUUGGAGCAAGAGGGCCAGUGGGCCAGAAGGGAGAUCCGGGAGAGCCAGGACUUAACGGAGUGAUGGGUCGAAAUGGGGAUCAUGGAGUGGACGGGGCCAAAGGGGACAAAGGGGACAUUGGACUGCAAGGCCAGAAGGGCAAUCAAGGGGAUCUAGGAGAACCUGGCUUACCAGGAGACAAAGGGGAGAAGGGAGAGAAGGGUUUCAGAGGUUUUCCUGGACGAAUUGGGAGUCUGGGUCUGGACGGAGAAAAGGGAGAUAUGGGACUACCCGGCACCCCAGGUAUACCUGGACUGAAUGGACUCACAGGGCGCAAGGGUGAUAAGGGACAAGGAGGAAUCAAUGGUGUUGAUGGUGACAUAGGAGUCAAAGGGGGAAAGGGUACAGGAGGUUUCCCGGGUUUCCCUGGGUUUAAGGGGUCAGCAGGAAGCCCAGGAAGGGAUGGAGAUGAAGGACCCCCAGGGCCACCAGGUCCUCGUGGGGAUGCAGGGCCAAAGGGAGAAAGAGGCAGGAGGGGUCGAUUGAAGCCGUGUCAGAGGGGAGCUCCAGGGACACCGGGACAAAGAGGACAGACUGGCACAGUGGGUACUGGAGGAGCAAAAGGAGAGAAAGGAGAGCCUGGACUCUCUGCUGAAGAAGUGAAGGAGCUCGUCACCCAGGAGGUGGUGGAAAAGUGUGGGUUGGAAUACAAGUUCAUGGUAAAGUCUGUGGAUCCAGAUGCCACAAUUGCAGUGGAUGAGAAUACAAAAGAGCCAGAAGAUGUAGUGACACCCAUAACGCAUGACGAAGACGGUGAAGAAGUGGAAGAGGAAGAAUACAGAGAAAACAUCAGAGAAUUGACCAGUCCUGCCCCUAUGAUCCUUGAAGAAGAUGAGAUCCUACCAAACCGUACUGAUUCUGUCGAGGGAGGGUCUGUGCAGUGGGGACAGAGGAGGAAAAGGAGGGUAUUUGGACCAAACGCUGCUGUUACAGACCGCUGCCUGGAGCCGAUGUCAGAAGGGUCCUGUUCAGACUACGUCCUGCUCUGGUACUUUCACGCCCAAUCGGGGGAAUGCAGGCCGUUUGUGUUCGGGGGCUGCGGAGGAAACCAAAACCGAUUCUCCUCCAGACAGGAGUGCCUGAGCCGGUGUGGGAUGGAGAGCAGAGGGCGGGCGUCCAGGUCAGAUCACAGAGGAAAUAUACCUUCUGACAGUUAGUCCAGUGACUGAAAUAUCCUGCUCUGAAGAGGUUUUGGUGGACGAUGUUGUUGAUGCAAAAGAGAUCUGCUCACUUUUUAUCAUAAUAAACUUCACUCUUCCUCGGCCGCUCAGUAUUGGAGAUGCAACCCUCAGACAUGAUGCAGAUUUUUGUACAUAAUGUAUGUUUUGCAUUUUGUAUUGCUUUUAUUUAUAUAUUUUAUAAUAACAGUUGUUUAUUGACUUGGAAAAAAAGUGAUGUUUUCAGUUGUUUUUCCCAUAAUGUGCGUCUGAGAUGGACCGACACUGACUGAGUUUCUGAAUGUUAAAAGCGUGACACUACUGACAGAUUAAAUCCGUCUUUACGUUUGUGA